CCCUUUUCGCCGAAAGCAACAAGUCUGUCUGGAUGUGAAUACAUAUUCUGGAAUAACAUGACUUUUUCACACCGGGUAGAGUAUUGAGAUAAAAUAAUUAGAUAUACGUUUUGCUAUUGGUUUAGUUUGGCUGUUUUGUGUCGUUUCCUAGCAUGCUUAUUUGUUCAGCUCACUCAAAAUGAGUCAAAAAAAUAACAAUGUAUGACGCGUACUGCUGAUUUUAAAUGAACGAAGACGAUGCUCGUCGAUCAUUUAGCGCUUGAAUCGGCGGACUGACUAGCUCACCAUCGUUAGUUACCUGGUGUCGCGGAGGAGCACUUCGCUUCAAGUUGUCUUUUACAACAAUUUAUUUUCUUCCCCUGACCCGAUUUUUUUGGACCAAAAUACAACAUGGCAGAACACGAGAGUCUGGAGUUUGGAAAGGCUGACUUUGUUCUGCUGGACAGCGUUUCUUUGGAGGAAUUCAUGGCUAACCUAAAGCUCAGGUUUGAGAAGGGCCGUAUCUACACCUACAUCGGCGAGGUGGUGGUGUCGGUUAACCCUUACCGCGCCAUGAACAUCUACGGCCGAGACACCAUCGAGCAGUACAAGGGCCGGGAGCUGUACGAGCGACCACCACAUCUGUUCGCCAUCGCAGACGCAGCCUACAAAGCCAUGAAGAGGAGGAACAAGGACACCUGUAUUGUCAUCUCAGGGGAGAGUGGAGCCGGAAAGACGGAAGCCAGCAAAUACAUCAUGCAAUACAUCGCUGCUAUAACAAACCCCGGCCAAAGAGCUGAGGUCGAAAGGGUGAAAAACAUGCUGCUGAAAUCCAACUGCGUCCUGGAGGCCUUUGGCAACGCCAAGACCAACCGCAACGACAACUCCAGUCGCUUCGGCAAGUACAUGGACAUCAACUUCGACUUCAAGGGAGAUCCCAUCGGGGGCCACAUCAACAACUACCUGCUGGAGAAGUCCAGAGUCAUCUUCCAGCAGGAGGGGGAGAGAAGCUUCCACUCAUUCUACCAGAUGGUUAAAGGGGGUUCUGAGUCCCUCUUGCGUUCCCUCCACGUCUCGAAGGACCCCACAGCCUACAGCUACAUCAAAGUAGGAGGCCAGGUCAAGUCGUCCAUUAACGAUGGUGCUGAUUUCAAAGCAGUGGCGGACGCCAUGAAGGUGAUCGGCUUCACACCAGAUGAAAUCCAGACUGUUUACAAGGUCCUGGCCACUAUCCUGCACCUGGGGAACCUGACGUUUGGUGUGGACGGCGACACAACGCUGAUUGAGAACACCAAGGUGGUGGCGGUGAUCGGGGUCCUGCUGGCCACUAAGGAGGAGAAUGUGGAAAAGGCCCUGCUCUACCGCACCGUUGCCACCGGCCGCGACGUCAUCGACAAGCAGCACACGACCCAGGAGGCCAGUUACGGCCGGGAUGCCUUGGCCAAGGCUAUGUACGAGAGAAUGUUCUGUUGGAUCGUGGGAAGGAUCAAUGAUGUCAUCGAAGUGAAGAACUAUGACGCCAAAGUCCACGGGAAGAACACAGUCAUCGGAGUGCUGGACAUCUACGGCUUUGAGAUCUUUCAGAACAACAGCUUUGAGCAGUUCUGUAUCAACUAUUGCAAUGAGAAGCUGCAGCAGCUCUUCAUUCAGCUUGUGCUGAGGCAGGAACAGGAAGAGUACCAGCGCGAGGGAAUCCCCUGGAAACACAUUGACUACUUCAACAACCAGAUCAUUGUGGACUUGGUUGAGCUGCAACACAAGGGCAUCUUCUCUGUGCUGGACGAGGCCUGUAUGAACGUGGGCAAAGUCACCGACGAGGUCUUCUUACAGGGGCUCAACAGCAAGCUGGCCAAGCACGCCCACUACACUAGCCGCAAGCUCUCCCCGACAGACAAGAGUUUGGAGUUUGACAGAGAUUUCCGUAUCCGGCACUAUGCAGGGGAUGUUGUGUACUCUGUGGUUGGCUUCAUCGACAAGAACAAGGACACUCUCUUCCAGGACUUCAAAAGGCUACUGUACAACAGCUCCAACCCAGUGCUGAAGAUGAUGUGGCCGGAGGGCAAGCUGAGUAUCACUGAGGUCACCAAACGACCCCUAACGGCCGCCACCCUCUUUAAGAACUCCAUGAUCGCAUUGGUGGAGAACCUGGCAUGCAAGGAGCCCUACUAUGUGCGCUGCAUCAAGCCCAACGACGUCAAGUCGCCCCUGCUGUUCGAGCAUGAGCGUUGUCGCCACCAGAUCGAGUACCUGGGCCUACUGGAGAACGUCCGUGUGCGCCGUGCCGGAUUCGCCAACCGCCAGGACUACCCCCGAUUCCUCCAGAGGUACAAGAUGAUUUCGGAGUUCACGUGGCCCAAUCACGACCUCCCGUCGGACAAAGAGGCAGUGAAGAGGCUGGUGCAGGGCUGCGGCUUCGAGCACGACGUGGCCUACGGCAAGACCAAGGUGUUCGUCCGCACGCCACGCACCCUCUUCUGCCUGGAAGAGCAGAGGGACGAAAUGGUUGGGAGAAUAGUCCUCUUCCUUCAGAAGGUAUGGCGCGGUACCAUAGCCAGGAUGCGUUACCGGCGCAUGCGAGCCGCCCUCAUCAUCCUGCGGGCCUACCAGCACUACAAGGUCAAGUCCUACAUCAAGGACGUCAACCGCAAAUUCAAGAACGUGCGCUCCAUGAAGGACCAUGGCAAGCACGUCAAGUGGCCAACGCCGCCCAAAGUCCUGCGGAAGUUUGAAGAGGCGCUGCGGAGCAUCUACAACAGGUGGUGGGCGUGGACUCUGAUCAAAGACCUGACUCCAGAGGAGAAGCUGCAGAUCAGGGCCAAGGUGGCCACCCUGGAGGCCCUCAGGGGCCAGAGACCUGACCUGGGGCUGCAAAGGACCUGGGAGGGCAACUACCUGAAGCGAGACAGUCCUGACACAGCGUCCUCCUUCACCUUGGUGUCCUGUGAGUUGCAGCGUAAGGACAAGUUCAUGAGAGUGCUCUUCUCCUGCAACGUGCGCAAGAUCAACCGUUUCCACAAGGCAGAGGACAGGGCCGUCCUCAUCACAGACCGCCACCUGUACAAGAUGGACCCCCUCAAGCAGUACAAGCCCAUGAAGAGCAUCCCCCUCUACAAUGUGACGGGGGUGAGUGUGUCCCCAGGUAAGGAUCAGCUGGUGGUGUUUCACACUAAGGACAGCAGGGACCUGGUGGUGUGUCUACAGGGCAUGGUGCCUGCCGGGGACAGCCGCAUCGGAGAGCUGGUGGGCACCCUUCUCAGCCACUUCAAAAGUGAGAAGAGGAAGCUGCAGGUGAAUAUCGCCAGUCCCAUCCAGUGCAGUAUGAAUGGCAGGAAAUGCACUGUCAUUGUGGAGCCCAAGAUCAACCAAUCGCAGCCAGACUUCACCAAAAGCCGCUCCGGUUAUAUUCUGGCAGUGCCUGGAAACUAAAAGGGCCACUCGGUCUGUGACAAGGACAAGUGACGAUGAGGUGUCAAAUGAGGAAUAUGUGAAUCAUAACUCUGUUUGUAUAGAGCUCAUUUGUGAACUAGAUGGCAUGAUAUGAUACAUGGGAGGGUUGAACUCUCAGAAUGAAAGCCAUGCCAAAUUUGUAACUUUGAAUAGAUAUUUAUUUGACGUAACUCAAUGUUUUUCAAUAGAACAUGUAAGAUGUUUAAUACAUAGACAUGUUUUUAGUUAAUUAGACAGACUCACACACAUGCACAACAUUAAUUCACCAAAGAGUCGAUUUUUUCCCCUCACUUUUCGAUAUCAAGUUGAGUUCACAUUUACAACUGAGCUGUUUUGUCGGGGCAUCGAUCAUUUUAUGUUACGCUAGCUUUGGUUUAUCAUGAUUAGUAUCACAUUAUCCGGCAUUUUGUUUGAGUAGAAUAUCUUGUUCAGAAAUGUAUAUUCUCACGGCUACAGUGCCUUCAGAAAGUAUCCAUACCCCUUGACUUAUUCCACAUUAUGUUGUGUUACAGCCUGAAUUCAAAAAUGGAUUAAAUAGAUUUGUU